GUCACCGUGGUCAUGGGAGUGAAAACACUGAGUGACAUCCGCCUGGAGAGGAAACAGGUGCGGAAGAUCAUCGCUCACAACGAUUACCGCCCGCCCCACCUGGACAGCGACCUCUGCCUGCUGCUGCUGGCCUCCCCGGUGCACUUCACCAACUUCAAGAUGCCCGUCUGCCUGCCGGGGAAGGAGAGCCGCUGGGACCGGUGCUGGAUGGCAGAGUGGGUACCGGCUCAGAGGUAUGGCCAACACGACAACCUCAACAUGAACCUGAAGAAGCUGAGGGUGGUUCAGAUUAACAGGAGAGAAUGCGCCAAGAGGGUGACCCAGCUCCCCAGGAACUCGCUCUGUGCUUGGCAGGAACUCCACACCAAAGGCACCUGCCAGGGAGACAGCGGGGCACCCAUGGUGUGUGCCAAAUGGGGGACCCAGAGGCUCUACCAAGUGGGUGUCUUCAGCUGGGGCCUGGACUCCGGCUCCAGGGGGAGACCCGGUCUGUUUGUAUCUGUGGCUCAAUUUAUUCCAUGGAUCCAGAAAGAGACCGAGAAGGAGGGGAGAGCCCUCCCCCUCUCAGGAGCCCCAAGAAGCUCCCUGACCCCUGCUCCACAGUGCUCCGGGUUGCUAGCCCUGGGGUCUCAAGUUCUGCUUGUGUCCAUGUUUACCAGCGAUAAAUUAUACGGCUAA